AUGGUGGCGUGGAGAGCUGACCGGCCUUUGGACGUCAAGAGUGAAAAGGGCCCUGUCGCUCAGCGCAUGGACCCGAAUCGGGACAAGUUGAUGCCCCAGCAGCUGCAUUUUAUGCAACAGGCGCAGCUUGCUCAGUGGCAGAAGCAGCUACCACAGCGGCAGGCCAGGAACAUUGUGACCGGCUUUGGCAUAGGCACCCUGGUCUUGUCCAUUUAUGGUUACACCUUCUAUUCAGUAUCCCAGGAGCGCUUCCUGGAUGACCUGGAGGAUGAGGCCAAAGCUGCUCGAGCCCGAGCUUUGGCAAGGGCGUCAGGACCCUAAUCCAGUGGGACACUUGUGCCCGUCUGUUUUCUGCUGGAUUCCCCUUCCCCAGGAUCCAGUGGAAUCUGAAGUCCGGCUUCACUACCCAUGAAUCGUGACUUAACUCAAGAAACUGUCGGAUUGCUGAU